UAAUAAUAAUAGUAAAACAGGUUUCAAAGGUCACGUACAUGCCACUUCCGGUGUUUUUGCCGAGUUUGCCGUUGUCAUGGCAACGUUUGAUUCUUGCCGAAGACCAGAGGAAGCCUUUUAUGCUGAAUUGUCAUUAUGCGUUUGAUAAGCUGUUUAAUGUUUUCAGGUUUUUCGAUCGUGGAGAUGUGCUCCUCGAGGCUUCGAGGAUAAGCUCAUCCAGCAACUUACCCCCUCUGCGAUAUUUGCCCAGCUGGAGCCGGGUUGGGACCCUCGAUCGGGCUCGUAACCCUCCUAUAUUUAUCUGUGAAUGUGAGCAUAAAGCAACACCAUCAUAUAGACACGGCCAUAAGACAACUCAAACCGGUGUAGAGAUGGACACGACCGGGACAAGAGUAGCCUCACUGGAGAAAGACAUCCUGUUUCUUCAGCAGACGCAUAAAACCACACUGGAGAAGCUACACGAGGAGAUCGAACAUCUGAAGCGUGCUAACAAAGAGUUGCAGUAUCAGCUGAUUAUGGGAGCAUAUCUUCCCCCAAAAGAGCCUAGUUCAGGGGGCUUACAGGAAAAGCGUUGCCAGACUGGAGUCAUCAGCUCUAAAGAGAAGCCAGGGACAAGACAUCAUGGUGUAGAACAAAAUACGUCAAUCGUCAUGUCUCUGCUUCCUUUGAGGAUCCAAGAUAGUUCAUCCCAUCCUCCACGUGCUCCAACCCUGCAGGAGUGUGAGGACAAGAUCCGACAACUACAUAAUGCCAACACCUUGCAGUCUCAGGAGCUGUUGCGGGUGAAGGCUGUUCUUAGAGACUUAUUAAACAAAAAGAAACUCUCACCUGAGGUCUACAAACUAAAGAAGACAUAUUUCUCUGACAACACAAGAAGUGAAGAGUUGACGCACAUUCCAAAACUGUCUCCUAUGUUUUUGCCACAAAUACAACAUCAGACCAAGGUGAGUGUGAGAGAGAAGGUUAUUCUGCCUGCCAUCAGAAAGACUCUAAGCAGCAACCUGACAGAGAGGCAGAAACGUGCCCAGGAUGUUCACAAAAUGCGUCUUAGAAGAGCGAUCUUCUCCUAGCUAUAUAACAGCUGUAUGCAACAGUAAAAUAAUGAGUAAAAUGAACUUUUUUGUUUAUGAAUUAUUAUGUUUUAUCUCCCACUUGUCUCUGUAUCAUCUUACAUAAGAUUUCUUAUCUAACUUCAUCUCAUAACAUCAGAAUGUCAGUGCCUUAAAUGCUGUAAUCUGCUUUGAAAUAUUAGAUGAGAACUGCUGAUAUCUUAUUUUGUUGUUUUGAAUGAUGUGUAAUGUAUAAACCAUAAUGGUGUGUUUUAUUUUCUAGGACAAAAUAAUCUGCAUGGCAUGGUGUGAUGUGGUUACUACCCCUUAGCCCAGGAGUGUCCAAUCUUAUCUGCAAAGGGUGGGUGCAGGUUUUCAAUCCAACCAGCAGAAGCCACACCAGAGUCUAUUAAAAGCAAAGAUCAACUGAUUAAACAGGUGAAAUCAGACGUGGCUCCUGCUUGAUUGGAUAAGAUUGGACACCCCUGCCUUAGAAUAUUUUUCUAUAACAGCAUAUCACAAAGUGUUUUAUUUUUCUUAUAGAACAGCAAUUUGGCAACAAUAUUUUUUAAUGAAGUAACAGGCAACACAACAUACUGUGUUGUUUCUAGUUAUGUUUAUUUUGUGGAAGUUCUGUUAUCACUUAUACUAUAGCAGAUUUAAACAGUAGUUCCUUAUCAGUCUAUCAAUCUUUCUUUUACCUAAUAUGACGAAAAAAAGCUUUUCAUGUUAUAGAGAAACUCAGAAACUCCCCUGUCCUGUAGACUGUAACAUGACUGACAUCGUUCUGACCAUUUAAAUGACCAUUUGAAUGUGCUGACUCCUCCCCCCUGUUAAAUAAAUAUCUUCUUACAGAAAACAUCCCAAAUCAAUGCUUAUGGUCUAAGACUGUUGAUUCUUAGCCUUAGAAUAGGUAGCACCUCCACUAUACAAGGCACAUUAAUGAGUAGUAAAUAUAGAAAGGAUAAAACAUUAGAAUGAGGAAUUAAUAUAAACCUGGGACACCAUCUGACCAGUCAAAUUCAAGAAAACAGUAUCACCUCUUUAUAGAAUGUACACCAUAUGUCCAAAAGUAUGUGGAUUCCAGUAUUGAACAUCCCAUUCUAAAACCAUAGGCAUUAAUAUGGAGUUGGGCCCCUUUUUCUUGCCCAUUCAGCCAUUAGAGUGCAAGAGGUUAAGCACUGGUGUCAGACAAGAUAGCCUGGCAUCUAUUUGAUGUUCCAGUUCAUUCUAAAAGUGUUCAUUGAGGUUAAGGGUCAGGUCUUUUCAUCAUAUAGUGUAUUACUGUGUGAAGUGAUUUUUGUCUGCAUAUAUCAACACUCACUACAGGGUUACUCAUGAAAAACAGGUCCUGGACUGUACAUUUCAUAAAAAAUAAACAAACAAACAAAC